ACUGAGCUGCAGAGGGAGUUGGUUUCCCCUGACUCAUGCAUAAAAUAUAGAGCUGAGGUAACACAAACAGACCAGAGGAGACAGGAGACACACAGCUACAGCCAGUAUCGCAGUGUUAAGAGACGGUUCAGAAGACCAGUCAGGGACCAGCAGUCCUUGUAGGAUGAACUCAGCAGUGGGAGAAAAGUGGACGUGUUUGGGCUGACAUUCCUGGAUGACUUCCUGUGGACACAGUCUGGUGCGAUGCCAUGGACCUGCCUCGACGGCUCCACUGGAUCCGCAACCAGCCAUGGAGGGCCCGGGCCCGUCACCGGGAGUUCAACAGAGUGUCUUCCCGCUUCCCAGAGAUCAUGGCGGCAGGCACCCACUCUCCUGGAGGGCCCAAUGGAAUCAUCCGCAGCCAGUCGUUCGCAGGCUUCAGUACCUUGCAGGAGAGACGCUCACGGUGUAACUCGUUCAUGGGGAACUCAGCAGUGCAGAAGAAGCCCAUCUCCAAGCCCAAGAAACCCCAUCUGUCUGGGCACAAGUCCAGUAGCAGCAGCUCACAUGAGCCACAGCCCAAGAGAGUGGAGGAGGUGUAUGGAGCACUGAAACAGGGCCUGGAUGAGUAUCUGGAAGUGCACCAGGUGGAGCUGGACAAACUCACAUCUCUCAUGAAGGAUAUGAAGAGGAACUCGAGACUGGGAGUGCUCUACGAUCUUGACAAGCAAAUUAAGACUAUUGAGAGAUAUAUGCGACGGCUAGAGUUUCACAUUAGUAAGGUUGAUGAGUUGUAUGAGGGUUUCUGUAUUCAGAGGAGGCUGCGAGAGGGGGCCAGUAAGAUGAAGCAAGCCUUCACUGCCUCACCAUCAACUAAAGGCACACGAGACAGCCUGGCCGAAGUCAACCGCCGCUACAAAGAAUAUACAGAGAACAUGAGCACUUUUGAAGGGGAGCUGGAGAACCUCCUGGGAGAAUUCCAUAUCAAAAUGAAAGGUUUGGCUGGCUUUGCAAGGCUUUGUCCAGGUGAUCAAUACGAAAUUUUUAUGCGCUAUGGACGGCAGCGGUGGAAGCUGAAAGGGAAGAUUGAGGCAAACUCCAGACAGAGCUGGGAUGGAGAGGAGAUGAUCUUUAUGCCUCUUAUCACAGAUCUCAUCUCUAUUAAGGUGACGGAGCUGAAGGGUCUUGCCACUCAUGUCCUGGUGGGCAGUGUUAUCUGUGAGACAAAGGACCUGUUUACUGCCAUGCCUCAGGUGGUGGCUGUGGAUGUUAAUGACCUGGGCACCAUCAAGCUGAACCUGGAGGUCACCUGGUUUCCGUUUGAUGUGGAGGACCUGACCCUUUCCUCUGGUAAUGUGAGCAAAGCCACAGCCCUGCAGAGACGAGUGUCUGUAUACAGUCAGGGCACACCUGAGACUCCCACCUUCCAGGACACAUCCUUCUUUACAUGGCAGCCUCAGCUUCGGCAGGGCCACCACCUCUCUUUCCUGCAUACACUCAGGGACACUCUUUUAGAGAAGCUCAGACGCAGUCGCUCGUUUGGCGACCUGGCUGUGCUGCGGCCACGCCCCAGGUCCAGUCUGGAAGUCUAUUCAACGCUGCCUGAUGAUGUUUUUGAGAAUGGUGGCUGUGGAGUGGCCGAGUGUAAGCGUCUCUCCUUCACCUUCUCUGACGCCUCCACCUCCAGUCCUGCCCCUGGCCAGUCAAACCCUGAGAUCACAGUGACGCCCCCUGAAGUGGACUCUCAGCUGCCCCCUACAGCAGAUCAGGCUGUGGAGGAAGAGGGAGGUGAAGAAGAAGAGGAAAGCGGCAGUGUGAGUGUGAGUCUAGCUAGUGCCAGUGAGGCAGAUUCUGAGCGAGACUGGGAGGGUCAGGGGCCUGUGUAUGGCUCCACAGCCCCAUCUCUAUCUUCUGAGGGACAGCUCUCUGCUGUGGGGCCCGAGGAUGUGGUUUUCCUGGAGCCUGGAGGACCUGAUGAAGCCUCUGAGCUAAAACCGGUGGAACUGGAUGGAGAGGAGGGCAGUCUGACGAAACAGCUAGUCAGGAGGCUGACCUCGUCUGAAAUCCUGCCUGAGGCUGGAGCCCUCAGCUGGUCUGGAGAGGGCAGCAGGGCCUUCCUGGAGAGUAGCCUGGAGGAGGCCAUCCAGAGCCUACUACUACAGCUGGAGAGCCUAAGUCAGCGCUGCAGGGAGCUCCAGGACCUUGAGCAGGAAGUGAUGAAACUGGAGGACCUGCUUAAGUGUCGGGGGCCUGCUCGCAGGAGCCGCUCGUCCAGUCUCAGCCUGACCGUGGAGAGUGCACUGGAGAGCUUUGACUUCCUGAACACCUCUGAUUUUGAUGACGAUGACACUGGGGACGAUACUGCCGCUGUCCCGCGGUCUGUGUUCUUUGACAUGGAGACAGAGAGAAUCGGGUCAGGACAGCACCCAGAGGCCAGAGGUCACCUGAGUGAAGCCCUGACAGAGGACACAGGAGUGGGUAACAGCGUAGCUGGCAGCCCUCUGCCACUGACCACAGGCAACGAGAACCUGGAUGUGGCCAUCGUUAUUCACCUCCAAUACUGCAACCACCUCAUUCAGCUGUUGACCUCAGGAGGAAGCCCAUGGCAGCACAGGACCCAUCUGCGCAAGCUCUCAACACAGACUCUCUUGCUGGAGGAGCUGACUGAGAACAGUAUAGAGCGACUGGGCAGCAUCAACUCCGCAGUGGAUGUGCUACCUGGACUGGUGGAGCGUCCGGCGCUAUUGGCUCUGUGGUCUGAGUGUACUGGAUCUGGAGGCCUUUUCCACACCACACUGGACCGUGUGCUCAAACACAUGCAUCAUAGCUUCACUGUGCCACUGCAGGAGACUCACCGACACAGUACAGACUCAGUUAUCAGGCUGGUUGUGAGUGAGAUGGUGGACAGGAGUGACCUGGCCGUCUCCGCCUGCCCCUCCCUAUCCUCUCUGGCCCAGGAUGUACUGACAGUGUUUCAGUUCCACAGCUAUGCCACCCAGCACAACGUCACCGACAUGGAGCAACACCUGCUGGAGGUGGCCAGAGAAGCUAUGUUUGCGGAGCGUCUGAGCUGUGGUGAUGCAGAAAGCUCUUUGAAGGAGCUGCAGGAGAUGUCAGUCUCCUUCCUCCAGCCCCGCCCCCAUACCCUGCGUGCCCUGGCCAGUCUCCUGACCUCUGAUGAUCCUGACCUCAGCAAGGCGGCCAAUGCCUUCCUCUCUAAUGCUGCCUCACAUUCAUCUUUCAGGUCAAAGGCAGUGGAUUACUUCACUCAAGCCUUAUCAGAAGCAGGGCUGCAUACACAGAGAGCUGCUUGCAUUGCCCUAAGCUGUCUGCAGGCUGUGGAGAGCAUUAAUGCAAUCGUGUCACUGUGUGACUCAGCCGAUGAAGAGCUCCGCCAUGUUGCCAUAGAAACACUCCUCACAUUUGGUGAAGAAGGUCGACUGGCAUAUGAGCAGUUGGACACAGUGCCGAGGGAGAUGGUGCGACUGGGAACGCGUCGCGGCAAUGCUGUCACCACUGCCUUCUGAGAGGAGCUGAAAAAGCCAGGGUGAACGCCCCAGCAUUACUGUCUCUGUGGCACUCUCCAGCCCAGACGUUUAUCGUCUUAGGCUGAGAGUUUGCAGACACUGAGGACAUUUGAGUUCCUCACAAGGCCGCUCAAGCAGGGUUCCUCACUAGGAGACUUCUGAAGCCAUUUCUCUCUGGACAGAUCAGUUACAGCAGUACUUUUAUCACUUUCAUUAGAUGAUGAUUAUUCAUGUUAUUGAUCUUACAGUAAUAACGUUCUUUAUUACUACCGUUUAAUUAUUUGUUGGUAUUAGUUAUAUGAUGAUAUUCCUGAAUUUGCACUUAUCAGAUGCGUGUAAAUAGAGCACAUAAUUAUCGAUUAUCGUAUUGUGUGGCAUAUCCUACCUGAACUACCUGAGAGCUAUGUUGCUUAUUUUCCUAACACUCAACCCCCCCCAGUAUGUGCCGUUCAGUUUCAGGGAUUCUGAGGGACACGUUUGAUUUAACCCUCCUGGUUUGUGUGUGUAUGCAUGAUAUGAUGUAUGUAAGCUCUAACUGUUGAUCACUGGACAGAUGUAAACUUGUCUCCACACCACUCCACUCUGGAUGCUGUGAAAAGACAACAAGCAAAGGACAUGACAGCCAGCCUGCUUGCCUUUAGCCUAUUGAGGGCCAGUAUGGUGUGGAACAGUGCGUAGUGGAAGCAUGGUGGCCUGCUACAACCACCUGUGGAUACAAGUUCUUUAGAUCUUACUCCAGGGAUUAUAUAUUGCAUUAAUAAGGUCACAAAUGGACAGAGUUCUGUGCUUCAGUACUUGAGUAACAGUAGGUGUACUGUUUGUAAAAUAUUACUGCAAUAGAAGUACAAAUAUUCUAGCUGUAAUUCUACCUAAGUAAAGACUUGCUUGUGAAUGUACUUCAGUAUCAAAAGUUCAAGUACUUUGAGUUAUUAUAAAUAUUAUUUUGAUGAUCGGGUUUAGCUGGGGAGACCUGUGUAGCUGCACCCAUGAAUAUGUUUCUAACAGGCCGUAGAACAGAACCCAAAAUAUUAAGCAAGGUCUAUAAAAACUCAAAAGUACCUUUAUUUUUAAUACUUAAGCACAUUUAUAAGCUAGAACAUGUGUACUGUUACUUAUACUUUUAGGAUUUUACCAAGAAGACAUCUACUAAUACUCAAGUACAGAAUUAUUGUAUUUUGUCCACUCCUGGUAGCAGGGCAGUGGUGAGUGGGGACAGGGUGAAGAACAGACUUGGACCUUGCUAAGGCCGUUCACUAGUGUGGGUGUGAAAGAGAGCUUGUGUGUAUGUGUGUUAAAAUGCACUUUUUGGUAUAUUAAGAGAAGUGUUAAUGGAUUUACUGUGAAUUUGGUGUUUAACUUCAAUGAAGACUGGAAGUACAGUGCUCUGUGAUCCAACUAGCUUCUGUGCCUAUUGAAACUGUACUACUGAGUCACAUUAUUUACUGUGACAAACUGAUUUUCACAACUUAAUUUAUUUUUUACAUGUCGCUUGUCAUGUCUUUUUCUUUUAAAUCUUAAAAAUGGAUUGUAUCUGCAAUAUACUAAGCAAGCUAGAUAUUUAUGUGAACAUAUGAUACCAUACUUCAGUAUUUUGUAAUCACUGAGAUUCUUCUUUUUCCCCACACCCCACUAAGAGUUAGUUUUACUGUAAAGGUUUACGUUGUUUUAUUGAUUGGUUGUGAUAUUUGAAAUGUGUUCUCCCUAACAUACCUCAGGGUGAGAAAUCCUGCAGCAAGCAUCUUGCAAAAAGCAUCCCCUUCACUGUUUUUAACAACCAGUGUUCAUAUUUAAACAGUCAAAAUGUACAAAUGUGCAGUUGUGUAAACAAAGAACAUCUUUUAACUCAUCAGGUUUUUGCUAUUGUGAAGAGAAUUAAACCAAAAGAUUGGCUGACCUGUACUGGUGGGUGAAAAUUCACAUUUAGAGAAUGUACAGAGAACAAAUAUUCCUUGGAGUAAUAACAUGCUUAGCAAGCACAACUGAACUACUUCUGUUUUAGCAUUUUUAUUAAUCUGUUCUUCUGUCCUAAGAAGCUGCACAAAUCCCUAAAGCCAUAAUUGAUGCAAACCCAGUAAAAGUCUGAUUAACUUUGUAAUCUGCAUCACUAUUGUUAUCUUAAAAUGAGGCCUUUUGUCCAUUUGCAUAUGAACAUUUUAAGGUUUUUGUCCUGGCUGUUCUGUGAAUUCUUCUCUUUUUUUUUUUUUGACUUGGACAUUAAUUUUCAAGGGAAUUUUUUGUUUGUUAGUUUGUACAUAUGAUUAAAGUGACUAGUGGCACAUUGAUAUGCUUUAUUCAAGUCCAAGGUAACGCAAAAACCUUGUUGUAUUUUUACAUUUUUUUUCACUUAAAGCUUCUAAAACCCUGUUAAAUAUUUUAGUAUUAAUGAUUCAUGGCUUAAAACAAAUUUUAUUUACCAACAUAGAGGGCUUGUCUUAACAGCUUUAGUGUAUAACCACUUUGAUUUGAACAACUGCAGAACUGUCGCUGUCAUGUUUGUUCUGUAAUAAGCUCUCGAUUUGAUUUUUUUUUUUUCUUUUGAGUUUACAGUAUUUCUUCUGUCUAUUGAAAGUGGCAAUAAAGUUUAUUUUUGCAUAAUUAUCAGG